AUGCGCAUAUGUUAUCCGCUUCUCCUCCAUAGAAUUAACCUUCGAAGCCUCCGCAUUUCCCCUCUAUCUCUCUCUCCUCCUUGACGAGGAGGGCGUAGAACUAGGUCUCCCCCGAAACCCUAGCUCCGAUCCCUAGCUAAUCUGAGUUCUGCAUUUCUGCAGGAAUUGAACCCAUAAAGGUCUAUAUAGCUGUUCUCAACUUCCAAGGAUAUGGCGGGGGCUUUAGUUCAGUUGGCUAUUGUUCCUGCUGGUAUUCGGAGUGGGACCAGCAAAGACCUAAAAGGUUCUCGAAAGUCUCGACGAACCCGCAUGAUGUUCAAUGCACGGCCACAACCUAUCAGAUUGCAAGGGUUUGCAGGGUUAAGGGCGUCUAGCCCUUUGGAUUUCACAUCUAAAUCACAGCAAGAUUUAAAGUCUGUUGUAGCAGCUUAUGUAUCUGCUCCAAAAGGGAAAACAGUUACUCAAGGAGGAGCUGUAGCUAUGUUUGAACGCUUUACUGAAAAAGCCAUCAAGGUUAUUAUGCUUGCCCAAGAAGAAGCGAGACGGCUAGGGCACAAUUUUGUUGGGACUGAGCAGAUUUUACUGGGUCUUAUUGGAGAAGGGACUGGCAUUGCUGCAAAAGUGUUGAAAUCCAUGGGUAUAAAUCUUAAAGAUGCUCGAGUGGAGGUAGAAAAGAUUAUUGGGAGGGGCAGUGGUUUUGUUGCUGUCGAGAUACCAUUCACACCGCGGGCAAAGCGUGUUUUGGAACUCUCGCUUGAGGAAGCUCGCCAAUUAGGCCACAACUAUAUUGGAUCUGAGCACUUGCUUCUUGGAUUGCUUCGGGAGGGCGAAGGUGUGGCAGCUCGUGUACUUGAAAGCCUCGGAGCUGAUCCUAGCAAUAUACGCACACAGGUUAUUCGGAUGGUUGGUGAAAGUACAGAAGCAGUUGGUGCUGGAGUUGGUGGCGGAAGCAGUGGCACUAAGAUGCCUACACUGGAGGAAUAUGGAACUAAUCUCACAAAGUUGGCAGAAGAGGGAAAGCUAGAUCCUGUUGUUGGAAGGCAGCAACAGAUAGAGCGAGUGACACAAAUUUUGGGCCGGCGUACGAAGAACAAUCCCUGCCUAAUUGGCGAGCCUGGUGUUGGGAAGACGGCCAUCGCUGAAGGGCUUGCACAGCGUAUAGCUAAUGGAGAUGUCCCAGAGACUAUUGAAGGAAAGAAGGUGAUUACCCUGGAUAUGGGACUUCUAGUUGCUGGAACAAAAUAUCGAGGAGAGUUUGAAGAAAGAUUAAAGAAGCUGAUGGAGGAAAUUAAACAAAGUGAAGAGAUUAUACUCUUCAUCGAUGAAGUUCACACAUUGAUUGGAGCUGGAGCGGCGGAGGGUGCCAUCGAUGCGGCAAAUAUCUUAAAACCAGCUCUAGCCAGAGGCGAGCUACAGUGUAUUGGAGCUACAACGCUAGACGAGUACAGGAAGCACAUUGAGAAGGACCCAGCUCUGGAAAGGCGGUUCCAGCCGGUAAGAGUGCCCGAGCCGACAGUUGAUGAAACCAUACAAAUUCUCAAAGGGCUUCGUGAACGAUAUGAAAUUCACCAUAAACUCCGCUACACUGACGAAGCCUUAGUGGCUGCGGCACAAUUAUCAUACCAAUACAUAAGCGAUCGCUUCCUCCCUGAUAAGGCAAUUGACUUGGUUGACGAAGCUGGUUCUCGUGUCAGGCUUCGCCACGCACAGCUUCCUGAAGAAGCCAGAGAACUUGACAAAGAGCUCAGGCAGAUUACCAAGGAGAAAAAUGAAGCUGUUCGUGGCCAAGAUUUUGAGAAGGCUGGAGAGCUUCGAGACCGUGAAAUGGAACUGAAGGCCCAGAUCUCUGCUCUAAUUGACAAGGGCAAAGAAAGAACUAAAGCCGAGACUGAAGCAGGAGAUGUAGGCCCCAUUGUCACCGAGGCGGAUAUCCAACACAUUGUCUCCUCUUGGACCGGAAUCCCUGUCGAGAAAGUCUCAAGCGACGAGUCUGACCGCCUCCUCAAAAUGGAGGAAACCUUACACAAGCGUGUUAUUGGCCAGGACGAAGCUGUCAAGGCCAUCAGCCGUGCCAUCCGCAGGGCUCGUGUGGGCCUUAAGAACCCCAACCGCCCAAUCGCCAGCUUCAUCUUCUCUGGCCCAACUGGUGUUGGCAAGUCUGAGCUAGCGAAAGCCCUCGCAGCCUACUACUUUGGCUCUGAAGAAGCAAUGAUCCGCCUUGAUAUGAGUGAGUUCAUGGAGCGACAUACGGUAUCCAAGUUGAUUGGUUCGCCUCCUGGGUAUGUUGGGUACACCGAAGGCGGACAGCUGACCGAGGCGGUCCGUCGCCGACCUUACACCGUCGUUCUUUUUGAUGAGAUUGAGAAGGCCCACCCCGAUGUCUUCAAUAUGAUGCUCCAAAUUCUCGAAGAUGGGAGGCUGACGGAUAGUAAAGGGCGGACUGUCGAUUUCAAAAACACGCUGCUCAUAAUGACGUCGAAUGUCGGUAGUAGUGUGAUCGAAAAGGGCGGGAGAAGAAUCGGGUUCGAUUUGGAUUAUGACGAGAAGGAUAGUAGCUACAAUAGGAUCAAGAGCUUAGUCACCGAGGAGCUGAAACAGUAUUUCCGUCCGGAAUUCUUGAACCGGCUUGAUGAGAUGAUCGUGUUCAGGCAACUAACUAAGCUCGAAGUGAAGGACAUUGCGGACAUAAUGCUAAAGGAGGUGUUCGACAGGCUUAAGAAGAAGAACAUAGAAUUGCAGGUCACCGAGAGGUUUAGGGACCGGGUUGUGGACGAAGGGUAUAGCCCGAGCUACGGGGCGCGGCCCCUUAGGAGGGCGAUUAUGAGAUUGUUGGAGGAUAGCCUGGCGGAGAAGAUGCUCGCUGGGGAGAUUAAAGAGGGCGACUCGGCUAUUGUCGAUGUGGAUGCGGAAGGGCAGGUGGUGGUGCUGAAUGGCGAGAGCGGCGUGCCAGAGGUGCCACCCCCGGCUGUUACUGUUUAAGGAAAACCGCUAUGUAGUAGAUAUACCAUUUUAGACCGUAAUCUAGUAUUUGCAGUAUUUCAUAGUUGGCAACUAUGAAUGCGAAGCUUAGUUGUAUAAACUUUUAAGUCCCAUUGUAAAUUUGAUGUGGGCGAAUUGAGAUGUGCAUGUGCGCAUUCGUUGAUUUUCUA